CGGAUCGAACGCGAUAUCCUGGGAUUCUCCGCGUCAAGACGCCGAGAAUCGUCGCCAUUGAAUACGUGAUUGUCGGCAAUCAUCAGAUAACUCGUGUGACAGGAUGGCUCCCCGAAGAUCAGGAACUUUUCUCACAGUGUCCUCGAGAGACAUGUGCACAAGUGCGAGCGCAUCUUAUCCGUUAUGACUGUGAUAGCGUCUGUGAUUAGUUCGCGAUAACACCGAAGUAUAAUUUACGAUUUUAUUUUUAAGGAUAAACUGGGGAGGACUACGAAGAAGUUAAACGCGAGAGGAAUGAGUCCCAAAGAACAUUUUUCACAACAAAGAGGUGACUUAUUAUAAUGAUGUCAUCCUAAGAAACACUUGGGGAAACGAAGAUGUGCUGCUCAGGUGGUCCAGGUGGAAUCAGAUUGACCAGGUGCGGUAUCGUAUGCGGCUUCGCCGCGCUGGUAGCUCUAAGCGUUGCUCUUCUGGGUCCAACCUGGCUCCACACUGAAGAGAAGCUUGUCGAGCCGUAUCUGCCUAGAAAUUCCGCAAAUGUGGUCAGCGUGAAGUUCAAGUUGGGUCUCUUCAGAGUCUGCUCGAAGAUCGUGAAACCCUCCAAUAUUACACUCAACAUUUCAACGCCGGCUUGUCGUUACGUGAAGUACAAUAGCCUGGAAGAUGUAAGGUCGCAGGAAUUGGGUUUUCACCAAUUAGAAUUCACGCCCACGGUUGUCUCAAAAAUACGAGUCUCCGCGCCGUUCCAACUAGUCGCCGCACUGUUGAUUCUCGCCGCAACAAUAUCAGCCGUGAUCGGUCAUUGUUAUUCCGAUCAAAGGACUCUCAUAGCUUGCGGACUCUUCCUUUUAAGCGGACUUUCCUUGGGUGGCGGUCUGAUAGUUUUGGCGUCGGCUUUGUCGGAUGCAUCACUGGAGCUAUCAGGAAAAUACAGUUUGCCAUCGACAGCUGGCAUACAGAUAGACGAUAAUGGUCUACCUCAGUAUCACUAUGGAUGGUGUCUACAGCUCUCGGGAUUAGCGCUGAUACUUGCAGAACUGGCAGCCGUUUUAACGAUGUCCGGCUACAUGGCGCGAUUUUCUACGGUCGAGGAGAUGGUGAGGGUCAUGGUUCCGGGGGCUGAGAGAAAGCUGCGGGAACAGAGAGGACUCAGCUCAGAAUAUCUCGUGAGGGCGCAUCAGAAAUCACCGGGACCGCCGCAGACCCGACCUUUCGGUCAACCAACCAAAACACCUCAAAAAAUAGCCGAAGAAGGAACUUCGUUACUCUGCAAGUCAGCACCCGAUAUCUGCGCGUCGAACCCACAGACCAUCAGUUACGUCGAUAAAGCAGACCUAUCUCAUGUUUUGCCAGCCUAUCCCGCGGAUAACAAGAACCUCGACCCACGAUAUAACUUCGAUAAAACGGAGGGUAACGUCGUAGAUUCCCAACUGAGCGGUUUCACCGAUAAGGAAGGCUUCAUCGAUUCCCGGAUUCUAUCCGAUUCCAGACAGAAUAUGAUUGCCUUCACAGAUAAUAAGGAACCCAGCCAGGAACAACGAUACACCGACUUUCCCGCAAGAAACACCGAACCGAACGUCAUGGAUUCCAGAUUAACCGGCUUUGCUGACAAAGAGGAUCUUCUUGAUUCUAGAUUGACUAGUUACGUCGAGAAAACCGAAUCCUUGUUAGACACCCCCUUUGGUUACGACACCAGAUUCAACAGUUUAGCUGGCCAGACUGUUCCGAUCACGCUGAAGAACCAAAACCCAUCGGUCUCCGCCAUCCCGUCGCAAUACAUAUACCAGAACUUCGGAACGAUACACUCGGGUAUUCUCAGAGUAUCGGAACCGGGUACCAGCUCUAGUUCCAGCUCCAGUCAGCGUAGCAUGACUCUGCAGAAUCCAAAGCGCAAGUCGCAAAUCGCUCAAAACACCUUCAGCACGAUGGAAUGUGAGAAGAAGAAGCGAGCGUCUGGCUUGGCCGGCAAGGCGAGCUUUUAUACCGGAAGCGCUGUAUGACCACCAUCCCCGCCUCCGACACCGAGAUAACUCCAAGAAGAGGAGAUCCCAUUGUAAUCGGAGCUUGGUGUGACUUUUGAGGCGGGUUGGAGGACGUAUGCGCAAUAUGAUUUGCGUAAAAAAAAAAUAAAAAUAAAAAUAAAAAGAGUGUUUUCUUACCAGCGAAAUAUAACUCUAUCGUAUUCUAAUAUAAUAUAUAUUGUAUUUAUCGACGUAUAUCAAUAUGUCGGCGUAUAUACAUGUCGGUUCACAUAAACGAGAAAAUACAUUUUUAUUAAUUAUCGACGUUGCAAAUCCUCUUUGCAAUAGAGAUCUCGAAAAAAAAAAAAAGAAUAGAAAACGAAGUAUUAUAUAAUAACUGUGCCAAAAUAAUCGCCUUAAAUUAAGCGAUUCUGAGAUAAUUAAAUGUUAAGAGCAGGAUCUUUAACAGUGUAAUUUGUGGGAAAAGUGUAACUUUUUGUAAUCUGUAUCACAUACUCUAAGAGAAUUGAAUGAGCGAUAAAAAUAGCAAACAGUCUGAAAUUUUUUAAUCAUUCUUAUUUUAGAUAUUGAAAAAAAAAAAAUUCAGCAAUUUCGCUGUUGAGAACUUAAUGCGUCAUCACGUUUCAGCUACAUAACCAUUCGAAUAAAAUUGCAUAACGUGAAACAUUAAUGUAGUCAAUAUAAUUGUAAUAUAUUCGGUGGUCAAUAUAGUCACAGAACUCAUCGGGGCGAAAUUUGAUAUUUUCAGUUAAGAAUAUAAUAUACUACGGAAGAUAAUUUUGUUUCACAAACAUUGCAGCAUGGUAAAACCUUUGCUUCAAUGUGUGUGGAAUGAUUACGUUGUCAUAUAACUAUGUCAAUCAGAAAAAUAUAAUUUUUAAUUCCAGACUUCUUUCAUUUUUUUCUCAAUGACAUACGCACCGUAAUAGUGUCAUUUAAAUCAAAGACAUAUCAAAACUAAAAAAACAAUUCCAUUAAUAACUCUUAUGUUUGCCGAAGUCGUUUGUUUUUAUAUUUCUUACUUCAUAUGUCUUAAUGCGUAUAUAAUUUGAAAUAGAUAGAAAAUAAUUU